AGACGACAUCAAGUAAGACCUAGGGUGCCCCGGCGAGUGGGAGCGAGCAGGAAGUAAGAGUACUGACAGGGUGGGCGGGGCUCCGGCGCGACUGCGCAGAACGACGAGGAGGACGACGAGGAGGAGGAGGACGAGGAGGCGCUGCUUGAGGACGAAGACGAGGAGCCACCUCCUGCUCAGGCGUUGGGCCAGGCCGCGCAGCCGCCUCCGGAGCCCCCGGAGGCGUCAGCCAUGGAGGCCGAGCCCGAAUCUUCCGACGCACCGGCGGAGGCCACGGCUGGGUCAGGUGGGGUAAACGGUGGUGAAGAGCAUGACACCGGCAAGGGGGAGGAAGACGGGCCGGAGGAACGCAGCGGGGAUGAGACGCCGGGAUCCGAGGCACCGGGUGACAAGGCCACAGAAGAACAAGGAGAUGACCAGGAUAGUGAAAAGUCAAAACCAGCAGGCUCAGAUGGUGAGCGGCGGGGGGUAAAGAGACAGCGGGAUGAGAAGGAUGAACAUGGCCGAGCUUACUAUGAAUUCCGAGAGGAGGCUUACCACAGCCGCUCGAAGUCCCCACCACCUCCAGAAGAGGAAGCAAAAGAUGAAGAGGAGGAUCAGACACUUGUGAACCUGGACACGUAUACCUCGGAUCUCCAUUUCCAAAUAAGCAAAGACCGAUAUGGAGGGCAGCCACUUUUCUCAGAAAAAUUUCCUACCCUUUGGUCUGGGGCAAGAAGUACUUAUGGAGUAACAAAGGGAAAAGUAUGCUUUGAGGCCAAGGUAACACAGAAUCUCCCAAUGAAAGAAGGCUGCACAGAAGUUUCUCUCCUUAGAGUUGGAUGGUCUGUUGAUUUUUCCUGUCCACAGCUUGGUGAAGAUGAGUUCUCUUAUGGUUUUGAUGGAAGAGGACUCAAGGCAGAGAAUGGACAGUUUGAGGAAUUUGGCCAGACUUUUGGGGAGAAUGAUGUCAUUGGCUGUUUUGCUAAUUUUGAGACUGAAGAAGUAGAGCUUUCCUUCUCUAAGAAUGGAGAAGACCUGGGUGUGGCGUUCCGGAUCAGCAAGGAAACUUUGGCAGAUCGAGCCCUUCUACCCCAUGUCCUCUGUAAGAAUUGUGUCAUAGAAUUAAACUUUGGUCAGAAGGAGGAGCCCUUUUUUCCACCACCAGAAGAGUUUGUGUUCAUCCAUGUUGUACCUGUUGAGGACCGUGUGCGGACUGCAGUUCCUCCCAAGACCAUAGAGGAGUGUGAGGUGAUUCUGAUGGUGGGACUUCCUGGAUCUGGAAAGACCCAGUGGGCACUAAAAUAUGCAAAAGAAAACCCUGAGAAAAGAUACAAUGUCCUGGGAGCUGAGACUGUGCUCAGUCAAAUGAGGAUGAAGGGUCUGGAGGAGCCAGAGAUGGACCCCAAGAGCCGAGACCUCUUAGUUCAGCAAGCCUCCCAGUGCCUUAGUAAGCUGGUCCAGAUUGCUUCGAGAUCAAAGAGGAACUUCAUUCUUGAUCAGUGUAAUGUGUACAACUCUGGCCAACGAAGGAAGUUAUUGCUGUUCAAGACCUUCUCCAGGAAAGUGGUGGUAGUUGUCCCUAAUGAGGAAGACUGGAAGAAGAGGCUGGAGUUGAGGAAAGAAGUGGAGGGAGAUGAUGUGCCUGAGUCUAUAAUGCUGGAGAUGAAAGCCAACUUCUCUCUGCCUGAAAAAUGCGAUUAUAUGGAUGAGGUGACAUAUGGGGAGCUGGAUAAAGAGGAAGCCCAGCCCAUUGUUACUAAAUACAAGGAGGAAGCAAGGAAGCUGCUGCCCCCCUCUGAGAAGCGGACAAAUCGCCGGAACAACCGCAACAAGAGGAACCGGCAGAACCGAAGCCGAGGCCAAGGCUAUGUGGGCGGGCAGCGCCGAGGCUACGACAACCGGGCCUACGGGCAGCAGUACUGGGGGCAGUCUGGAAACAGAGGGGGAUACCGUAAUUUCUAUGAUCGAUACAGGGGUGACUAUGAUCGAUUCUAUGGACGAGAUUAUGAAUACAACAGAUACAGAGACUAUUACAGACAAUACAACCGGGAUUGGCAGAAUUACUACUACCACCACCAACAGGACAGAGACCGAUACUACAGGAACUACUACGGUUACCAAGGGUAUCGGUGAAGCCCCUGCUGUUUUCACCUGUCAGCCAUGAAGCUGAGUCUCUGGGGAUGCCAGGCACCCCCCAAAACACAACCAAGGAAAACAGGGGCUGUCUCUGGUGGGGCUGAGCUGCUGGGGAGGGG